UGUUGAAAACUGAAGUUGGUUCAGAAGUUGUAGAACGUAAAUUGUGUGAACGUAAAAAUAAGAAAAAUAUUUCUCUCAUUCGUAUAUUUGUCGAUGAUUUGUUGAGUAUUUUGUUGGUUGAAGUUUUGAAUAUGAUUUAAGUGGAUGAAUGAUUGUUUUGAACACUGGUUGAACAUCGUUAUUAAUUAACGUCUGGUUGAAAAUAUGCCUGAAGAAACGUUUUUAUGCGAUGGAGUCGCUUCAGGCACCAAGUCUUGCGCGGAACACAAGUACAAUAAUGUUCCGGGCAAAAAGACUGAUGCUGUGAAAACAUAUCUGCUAGAGCAUCUCCGUUUUGACUUCUAUAAAAAGGCUCGAGAUCUGUUGAUUGUUUCAGUGUAUGUGAAAGAAAUUGAUAAAAGCUCAUUACAAGUAAUCUUUGGAGCUAAGAUUUUACACUUGAAAUUUCAAACAAGAUCCAAAGACUUUCUGAAAUUGUAUAACCAAGUGUCUGAAGAGACUGUUUUUGAGUGGAAUGUUAAUUUAAGACAUGAUAUUGAUGAAGAAAACUGCAAGUAUGUGCUAUCUCCUUUCAAAUUGACGAUAACUUUAAAAAGAGCUUGUGUAAGGGAUCCAUGGAAUUCUUUGGAAGAACUUCAUUUCAGUGCUGUUGGUGAUAACAAGUCUAGAAAAAGUGCAGAAAAUCAUACUACAGGAAACCUGCAUGAAGCAAAAAGUGAUAGCAGGACAACCAGUACGAAGAUAAAUGACGAUGUCAAACUUUGCAAUGGAAACGAGGAUGGCUUAUGUAACACAAACCAAAUUGCGAGUGCAGAAAACAAUGUUGUUCUUGAUGAAACGGGUGUUCCUGAUAGUUUAGCUGAAGAUGCGAAUGGUGUAUUAUCUAACAGAGGUUACGGGAAUAUUAGAACAAACAAAACUGGUGAUACUAAUAGGAACAAAGAUGAUGAAGUUGACGAGAAGAGUAUUGGAUUAGAUUGUAAUUACAGUAAAGCUGGUCUACACGAUAGUACGAAGAAAAACGAAAGUAUAGUUGAUAAGGAAAAUAAGUGUGACAGCACAAGCAAACAUACAAAUAUGAAAUGCACAAACUCUAUUUCCAAACAGAAUGGACUUGAGAAUGAAAAUUUAUCUAAUUCGACCAGCACUGGUGACGACAAUAAUGAGACAACAGACAAUCCCAGUCAUUCAAACGAUGAUAGUUUGCCCAUGAAGGUGACGAGUACGAACAGAGUCCAAACUAAAUCGCCCGAAAGUGUCGACGAGAAUCAGGAUUUGAAAUUGAGUUACGAUGCCUGUAAACAGGAAUGUCGGCCUGGUUCAGUUGGCUUGUUAAACACUGAAAAUCUUUGUUAUAUUAAUUCUAUUGUCCAAUGUCUUUCUUCUGUCAGAGAACUACGAACCUAUUUGUUAUCUAAGAAAUACUCUGGCCAUAUUAAUUUGAAUAACAAGAAUGGUUACCAGGGCGAGCUUAUAAUCACCUUCCAACGGUUAAUACAACAACUCUGGUCAGGAAAGACACGCUGUAUUUCCGCUUCAAAAUUAAAGCAUAUUAUCAGCAAGAAGAACAAGCAGUUCAAACAUUAUGACCAGGGUGAUGCGCAGGAAUUUCUAACCUUUCUACUUGACGGUCUUCAUGAGGAACUACGGAAGGAGAAAAAGAAACCAGGAGAUGAGAUGAAGGCUGAUGAUUCAAAGGAUAUUAGAUAUAACAGUCGUGUACAUUGGGAGAACUAUGUAAAUGGCAAUCAAUCUAUCGUUAGUGAUCUGUUCCAAGGACAAAGUGUUUCUGAAAUCUACUGUGAUGAAUGUGCGAAGCCUUCAACAUCAUUUGAUCAUUGGAUGCAACUUAAUCUUCCAAUUCCUGAGGAUCCGAAGUAUUUGUCCAUCCACGUAUUUUUCUUUGAUCCGGAGAAAAUACCACUAAAAACUAAACUAAAGGUUUUCCAAGCUACACGUUGUUCAGAUUUACUAGCACAACUCAGUGACAUUGUUGGCGUUCCCGCUCACUGUCUUCUUUUGCUGUGUUCACAAGACGGUAAAAUAUCUCGUGUUUUUGAUCCAGAAGAAAAAGUAACAUUUCCCUCAAAUAAUGAAGUGAUUAUUGCCUGCGAAAUACUGGAUUCAAACCAAGACUUUCCUUCAAGCGAUACCGGUAAGAAAGAAGAAUAUAUCGAGUCCUGUCAAAGUUAUGCGGUGGACGAUAACGACAAACGAUGCAACAAUCGUGUCCUUCAUAUCCCAGUUAUUCAGAGAUUAACGCACAAGAUAAUAAAGGAAUGUAGUCACUGUGGAGACGAGAAAUCCUCUUUAUCUUAUUGUUCAAAAUGCUGUAAAAGGGCGUACUGCGAUAGGGAGUGUCAAACAAACGACUGGAAAAGUCAUCGUCCAUACUGCAAAUUUCGCCCAUCAAUAAUUGGUGCACCAUUUGUCAUCAGUGUGAACGCAUCCGAGGCAACAUUGAAGCAGCUCAAGAAGAUCGCAUUAGAUUACGCAAGGUAUUCCGUUGCAAAAGUGAAAGGUGAUCUAGCAUCAAGUAAAUUUGAGAUGACAUUACUAGAAAACGUAGCCGAUAUCCACAGCAAAGGAAAGAAGUUGAAUGAUAAAGAAGAUAAACCGGUUGUUGAUGAGAAUGUGUGUCUUGCACUGGAUUGGGUUACAAAAACAUCAGAUACCAAAGUUAUAUCUAAAGACAUUGUUUGUAAUAUCCAUAGUAGUGUAAGCGAGAAUUCUUCAAGUCAAGGUGACAAUUGCUCAUUGGAGGAGUGUCUCAAACUGUAUUGGAAUCCUGAAAACAUUAACAAGGAGUGUGGCUGGCGAUGUGAUCAUUGCAAAGACGUUCGAACAGCUACUCGAAAGAUGAUGAUCUGUAAACAUCCUGAGAACCUAAUCAUUCACUUCAAAAGAUUUGCAUACUCUGGAAAUGGACGCAAGAUUCGUAAACAUAUUCAGUUUCCUCUCAGAGGUUUGGAUAUGUCAUCACUCGCACAUCCUGGAAUGCCAACUGAUAGAGCCAUUUAUGAUCUCCGGGCAGUUAGCAGUCAUUAUGGUUUUAUGAAUUUCGGCCACUAUAUUGCAUUUUGUAAACCUUAUUCAAAAGACGAACUCGAUACUCUGGCUUUGACAGAAACUGACAGUUGGUUGAGGUACGAUGAUAGUAAAGUGAGUAGUGUCAAGGAAGAUGUGACGGAAGAAACAAACGCAUAUAUACUGUUUUACCACCGAAGAGAAAGAAUUACAGGCUGCGACCCACAAAUUUUAGAGGCCAGAUUUACUACGCCGGAAGAUAUGUCCAAGACUGGUGUGUUUGGAGAAAGUUUUGAGACCUCAGAAGACGCAAGAAAAUAUGAUAAUACAGUUGAAGAUGUGAAAAACAUGACCAUUUCAUCUCCGCAUCUUCUUCCCGACAUCGGGACAGCGAACGAAGAGACAUUACUCGAAGAUCUUUUGGAUUAAUAUGAGAUGUUUACCCGUCAAUAAAAAUAUACAGUAUACAGCAUUUAAGAAAUAGAAAACAUUUUCCGUGUUUGUAUACAGUUAUAGAAACACGCC